GUCUGCCCUGCAACCUUCACAGUCUGAAGUGUCUCCAGCAAGCAGGAUAUUGGAUGUGUUACUAUGUAGCCAUGAGAGUGCAGAUGUGCCGCUGCUGCUGCCCCUGAAAAUCAUCUCCCCAGAGUGGUGCCCAAGUGCCAGGAAGAGAGGAGAGAAGGAAGGACCCAAGACAUGCCACGCAGGCAGAAGUGAGCAGGCAACCCAUGUGCUUGUACCGAGAGGCUGCCGCUGUGUGACAACAAGGACUACUACUCUCAGGCGCUGCAAGGAUGCACAGGGUAAGGAAGUACUUCAGGGGCAGUGGCAGAGCCCUGGCAUUCAUAUUCAUCGCCUCUAUCAUCUGGCUGAUAUUUGACAUGGCAGCCCUGAGGUUUUCUUUUAAUGAGAUUAAUAGCAAGGUGCAUAAAGAGGAACUUUUCCGAAGGGACAAAGUGGGACCUGAGUCCUGGAAUCCUCCAAGAAGGGGCAAUGUGGACAGAAAGUGGAGAGAGGCGAGGGAGCCCCUGGGCAAGGAAACUACUAAGUUAAAAGGCAUAUUCUACCCACCAGUAGAUGACAUUGCUGGACCAGUUAAUCAACUUUACAGUAACGCUAAGGUUAUUUUUAAGCAGAAGAAAAUGACUAUAAAGCCCAGGAUAGUUAAUAAAAUCUUAUCUCCACUGGGGGUACCUGAAGCCAAAACCUUGACUCCUGUACUGAGAACUGAGAAGGAAAAGUUGGGAGCUGUAAAUGUCACAAGUUUGCUGUUGCCUAAGGGGCAAUUUCCUAAACACAUGGCAGAAGACAAGUUACUUGUCAGCCUGAAUAAUACACCUCCUGUUGUAAAGGUGGGGGAUGUGCCGGGUCAGGAAGAGCUUGUGGGUGCAGGCGACUUUCAGAAUAUAGCUGAGGGCAUAGACAUAGUAACCCCUAAAUUCAGAGUUGAGUCCAAAACUGCUGGGCUCCCUAAAGGUGCAGUAGAAUCAAAGAAUGAUGUGGCUCCUACUGCUGAAGCUAAACCAAAGGAGGCCGUGGGACCCCAGCAUGUUGUGGCUCCUGAAGAUGAAGUUGAUCCAAAGGAUGCAGUAGUUCCUAAGGAUGCAAGGGAUUCUAAAAAUGCAGGUAAGCCCAAAGGUGAUAUGGCCUCUAAAGUUGGAGGAGCAUGGGAUUUUCAAAAUGAUGUAGCAGACUCUAAAGAUGCAGGGGGCCCUAAACAUGGAGCAGAGCACAAGGAGGCUCUGGUCCUUAGGGAGAGAUCUGAACACAAAGAUGUAGGAGCCCCUAAAGAUGGCGUUGAUUCCAAUGAUGCAGCUGCGCCUAAGGAUGCUUUAGAGCCCAAAGAGGCACGGGUCCCUAUAGAGGCAGGAGACAGCGGUCCAAAAAAUGUCACAAUCAAGUCUAAUGGUUUACAAGAUAAAAAUGAACAUCCUGAAGAAAAUGUCAUAUUAAUCAAUAAAUUAAAUGAGAAUAAUGACAAAAUGGAUAAACCGCCAGCCUCAAACGUGUCCGCUGACGUGGUAAAUAAAGUGGCAGCUGCCAGUAACGUAUCUCUAAGUGAUGCCAAGGAAGCCGAACCACUCAAUGCAACGGUGCAAAAAGUGAACCCUCCUCUGAAGCCCAUGUCUAACACUACUCAUAUCAGUGCCAAUGUGAAAAACACCAACUUGCUGCGCAAUUUCAAAGAAGGCUUUUUAGGAAAACUGGAGAAUAAAGAAAAGAAAAGUCUGGUUAAUGCAAAGGAGAACAUUACAAGUGGAGUGGCGACCACCAGUUCCAACCGUACAGUCAAGAUCGAUGUUGAUAUUGAAGUACUUAAAGUGAAGGCUCCAGCAAGCACUGCCCGGCACAAAGUUCUCACUGUCGAUUCAACUAUGAGUCCAAGAAACCCCAGAGCACCAGGCCAGUACGGAAGGUCCGUGGUGGUCCCUAAAGAUAAGGAAGAAGAAGCAAGUAGAAGAUGGAAAGAAGGAAACUUCAAUGUCUAUCUCAGUGACAUCAUCCCUCUUGACCGAGCUAUCGAGGAUACCAGACCUAAAGGGUGCUCAGAUCAGCUGGUCCACGAUGAUCUUCCCAACACCAGUAUCAUCAUGUGUUUUGUGGACGAGGUGUGGUCCACCCUCAUCCGCUCUGUUUUCAGUGUCCUCAACCGAUCUCCAGCUCAUCUCAUCAAAGAGAUUAUUCUGGUAGAUGACUUCAGCACAAAAGCCUACCUCAAAGACAAGUUAGAUGAUUUCUUGAAGAAAUACCCCAAGGUUCAGAUACUUCAUCUCAAGGAAAGACACGGGUUAAUUCGAGCUAGGCUUGCUGGAGCCAAUAUUGCAACAGGGGACGUAUUGACGUUCUUAGACUCACACGUUGAGUGCAAUGUUGGAUGGCUGGAGCCUCUCCUGGAACAAGUUCGGGUAAACAGAAGGAAAGUAGCUUGCCCAGUGAUUGAAGUAAUUAACGAUAAGGACAUGAGCUAUAUGACUGUGGACAACUUCCAGAGAGGGAUUUUCACAUGGCCAAUGAAUUUUGGCUGGAAAACCAUCCCUACAGAAGUUCUCCAGAAAAAUAAGAUAACAGACAUGGACCCAUUAAGAUGUCCAGUUAUGGCUGGAGGAUUAUUUUCCAUUGACAAGAAAUAUUUCUUUGAACUUGGUACAUAUGACCCUGGCCUGGAUGUUUGGGGAGGAGAGAACAUGGAAAUAUCAUUUAAGGUUUGGAUGUGUGGUGGAGAAAUUGAGAUCAUCCCUUGCUCCAGAGUUGGCCACAUCUUUAGGAAUGAUAACCCCUACUCGUUCCCUAAGGAUCGGGUGAAAACUGUAGAGAGGAAUCUGGCUCGUGUUGCUGAAGUCUGGCUGGAUGAGUACAAGGAGCUUUUCUAUGGUCAUGGUUACCACCUUCUACAAGAGCUUCCAAACAUUGGUGACCUGACUGAGCAAAAGGAACUGAGGAAGAGAUUACAGUGCAAGAGCUUUAAAUGGUACAUAGACAAUGUCUAUCCAGAUCUGGAUGCCCCUCUGGUCAGAGCUAAAGGAGUGAUAAAAAACCCUGCAUUGGGAAAAUGCCUGUCUUUACAAAAUUCUACUGUCGUUGCUGAGUCUUGUGAUGCCAGUAAGGAGAACCAGCAGUUUAACUUCACCUGGUUAAGAUUAAUUAAGCAGAAGGAUCUCUGCAUUUCACCCGACCCCAAUAAGAACAAAGUGGUCGUAUUACCAUGUGACAACCUGAACGGCAACCUGCGCUGGUUACACAAGUCCCUGACCGCAUUUCAGCCCGUACUAGCGGACCAUUUAGUUUUAGAAAACACAAAGCAUCCAAUGUGUCUGGAGAUGGAACCUUCUCAUGGAAGAGUGCAAAUCAAUGUCUGCAGCCCCACAAGUCCUCUUCAGAAGUGGAGUUUUGAGACGUACUUUGCCUCGUGAGGGCGAACUUUUUUCGGAAGAAUUUAAUAUAUUGUUGCAGAUGUUACAGAUUGGAGCAGAUGGACAAUACUGUUGCAUCGAACUAAGUUUUUUGAAUUUCUGUUUCAAACAGGCGGAACUAGGAUGUGACCAUAAACAGGAAUAUGGAAAGACUAAGGUUCCCUAAAAAUUGGAAAUGGUGCUGCAGAACAAGAGAUUAAUGAGGAUUCUGGGACUUUCACUAAUUCUGUUUUUUAAGCUAUAGGGGGCAUAGGUGUUACAAAGGGGAUUUUAUGUUUGGGGCUCCUGGUAGGGACCUCAUCAUUAUUUAUUUGAUUUUUUGGGGGUAACUGAAAUUGUAUCACAUCAAUAUGCUGUCAUAGGACAUACGGACAGGAGUUGGUCUGAGCGGACAAACCUUUAAAUAUUAAUGACUUCAUAAAUAAUAACAGUUGCCCCUUACAUGAGCCGAUGGAAAGUGGUGUCAAAGGGGGUUGUCUUGUGCUGGACCUUUGGAGGCCAUUAUUUUGUCAGAACCUGGGCCCAUCAGAGGCUUCUCUGGUACUCAGGAGGGUCAGUCAGACCGUUAAUCUGACACAGACGCCGACUAUGUAGAAACCUUACUGUCACAGUGAAUAAGGGAGCACAGAGCAUGUACAAUGUUCAGAUGAGACGUAAACUGUUUUUAACUUCAGAUUUUUAUUUGUCUGGAAUUUUUUUAAACUGGACGCAUUGCUCUCUCUCCUUUUAGUGUGUUGUAGCCAUACAUUUGUCAUCAGUGGAUCUGUUUCAUGAUUUUUUUCCUUCAAUUACUACAACAGUACAAACCCCUUUUUCUGUGCUCCUGCACAUUUAUCGGUUUUAACCUCUAUUUAUUCCUAUAAUAAAUCAUUGAUUUCUGGUAGGAUCUGUUGAGACAAUGUCACAUGUAAGCAGCUUGGGUGCCUAAAGUUUCUAAAAUGUUGCCAAAAAUUGCAUUAACUGCAGUGGUGAUAAAUUAUUAUUUUUCUCUCCACCGCUACAGAAGCGCUUGCUAUUAGUUCUGUAUUUGACCGUCAAUUUGAAUAUGUGAAUGUGAGCAAAUAGCGCCACCUGCAGGUUAUAUCCUGUUAUGCAUAUUGUAACUCCAGCCUUCGAUUUCCUGUAUGAAAGAAAACUUCAUUGGUCUUUCUGUUGCAGAGUUUACUAGUGCACUUUAUCCCUGCAGGAUUGUUUUAUAAACUUUUGAUAGAAUGUAUCAAUCUACAUUCUAGUCAUCUUUUCAUUGGGUUUUAAGUAUUUUUAACAACUCUUUUCAUUUUUCGCACCAACAAUGUGAUAUGAUAUGUAUGACCAGGCUCACUCUCUUAGUAGAGGGUGUGGGGACUCGCUCUGGUAGACAGGAUUAGCGGAUGCAGUAUAGAGGCAACAAAAAGUUCUUUGGAUCAAACAGUUCAGUGUUUUAUUCACACUUUAGGUAAGUGACAAAACAA